UAGAACAACAAAUAUUAUUCAAAGCGUAGAUUGUAGAACGUUGUGAAUUGUGAUUUGUGAUUUGUGAUUUGUAACCAUUGGCUGUUCUGUUUUGGUGUUGGUGUUUUUAUCCGAUUCUUGUUUUCGUUUCUACUAGCUUUUAAAUCAUUUUAGCAAAUAUGCGAUUGGGCGAUAGAAACCGUGACAGGAGUCGCAGUCCACUAAGGUCUCGAAAAAGUGGAUGUAAAAAAGUUUUUGUCUCGAAUAUACCAUAUGAAUUCAAAUGGAAGGAGCUAAAAGAGUUGUUCAAAAAAGAAGUUGGCGAUGUGUCUUUUGUAGUUGUAUACUCAGACGAAAAAGACAAAUCUAGAGGCUGUGGUACAGUUGAGUUUGACAGAGUAGAUUCAGCUCAAAAGGCUAUUGAUAAGAUGCACCGUUUUGAUAUAAAUGGAAGAAAAUUAGUAGUUAAAGAGGAUGAUAUUGAUAGAGAUAAAACUGGACGUCCAUUGCCAAAUGGACCACGUAGUAGCGGUGGUGGUGGUGGUGGCGGCGGCG